CACAAACAAACGAGUCAAUACGUAACACCGACCAGGAAGGAGAAACGGUCCUUUAGAUUUACACGACGUUAUGGACCGAAGAAAUUACUUCGAAAAAGACCGACCGUCACACUUCCAUCGGGACAGAUGGUAUCCGCCGCAAGAGAGAUUCCAGAUGCCGAGGUACGACGAGCCGCCACCCUUUCAACGUCGCCCUGCGCCGCCCCGUGGUCGGGACGAGUACAACGGAAAAAAACACGAACCAAAGUCAAGAUGGUUCAAAGAUGCUGAGAGUGUGGACAAAAAUGUAUGGGUGCUACUAGAGGACUUCCAGUGCCCUUCAAAAGAAUGUCCUUCAAAAAAGCCCUUUAAAUGGCGCUGCUUGAAGGAUGACGAACCUGUGUUUCUUUCCCAGCUAGGGGUCAUCAAAUGUCAGAGUGAGUUACAUCGAGGUGACUUAAGCCGCUGGGGAUGGAAUUGUGGGUCGGAGUACCACAAGGGGGAAUUCUUCCACGCCGAUGUCGAGGGGUUCACAUUUGCCCUCUCUCAGGCCGUACAGCUUAUGGCGAGAAUGGGCAGCGAAUGGGUACAGGAACUGAUUGGAGCGAUUGGAAAGCAGUACCACCGUUAGACCAACUGACAGAGUUCUCCCUAUUAUAACAUAGUGACUCGUAAACGCUCAAAACACUGUAUCGAUUUUGUUUACAUAUAAGUAUACAUCAAUACACAUAUUAGGACUUAACGACAAAAUGUCAUUGUUAGCAGGAACGUGUGCAUAAGCGAUAACAUCCGUUGCGGUUUUUUACGGGUGUUUCUUUUAUACAUGUAUUUUCUAGUGUCGCUCAUAUGUUGCUGUUGUUAAUUUGUUAUAUUAUAUUUUAAUUAUUUAAUGUACGAAUUGAUUUAAAAAACAUGAUACCUUGCUUGUUAACUUUAGCGUAUUUCGUUCAAUUCUUCUGAAUAAACUUCAACAUU